UUUCUUGCCCGUCAAGCUGCUCACUUCUUGAUCGUGGACGCUCACCCCACCGGUCCUUCCGUCGACGAAGACCCUGCGUGGCUGCGUCAGAAGGUGCUGCCGAGGACGUCGCUGUGACCUGCAUUGCUGCUGAAGACGCUGCUUCAGAAACUUCCGUUGCUGCAAAGGUAAUUUAGUGCAAGGCCUCCAUAUAACAAAUUAAUAAUGAACUACAUUGUAGGAGCAUUCAAGCCGCCAUGUAACAUCUUUAUCAGGUUUGCUGAUGGAAGAACACGUAAGCAGGCUAUCAUUAAAAAAGAAAAUGGCCAAACAGCAUCGGUGCCGCUUUUCCAAAGUCAAGAAAAUAUUGUGGGGGAGGUUUCUAUCGAACCAGUUCCAGGAAAGAAGGUUGAACACAAUGGUGUAAAAAUUGAGCUUCUUGGGCAAAUAGAGCUCUAUUUUGACCGUGGCAACUUUUAUGACUUCACAUCAUUGGUGCGGGAAUUGGAUGUUCCUGGUGAAAUCUAUGAAAAGAAAACGUAUCCAUUUGAGUUCUCCACUGUUGAAAUGCCAUAUGAGUCCUACAAUGGAGUAAAUGUGAGACUCAGGUAUAUUCUGAAAGUGACCGUCAGUCGUAACUAUGUCAGUAACAUUGUUGAAUACCAGGAUUUUUGGGUGCGCAAUUAUACCCCAUUGCCAUCAAUUAAUAACAGUAUCAAGAUGGAGGUUGGAAUUGAGGACUGUCUUCACAUAGAAUUUGAGUACAGUAAAAGCAAGUAUCACCUUAAGGAUGUUAUUAUUGGCAAAAUAUAUUUUCUUCUUGUGAGAAUCAAGAUUAAGAACAUGGAACUUGAGAUCAGACGUCGAGAAUCUACUGGUUCUGGCCCUAAUACUUAUGUGGAGACAGAAACUCUUGCAAAAUUUGAACUAAUGGAUGGUGCACCUGUCCGAGGGGAAUCAAUUCCAAUUAGGCUGUUUUUGAGUCCAUACGAACUUACACCCACAUACCGCAACAUAAACAACAAAUUCAGUGUGAAGUACUAUCUGAACCUUGUUCUUGUGGAUGAAGAAGAUAGAAGAUACUUCAAGCAGCAGGAGAUUACAGUUUACCGACUUUUGGAGUCCUCUGUAUCAAAUGAGCAGUCUGGUUUGUCUGUGUGAUUUUGUAUGCCUCGAUUUGGAAUUGUUUUUUUCUUUUUUUUUCUCUUUUAGCAUCUUUGGUGGUUGUAUAUUUGUAACGGAGAUCUCUCGGGAAAUCUGUUCUUGCAAAAGGCAAAACUGAAAGAGAUUGGGUUGUCAGUUGAAUUUAAGUAGUUGAAGCCGUUGAUUGGAACUUCUUCUGAAGAAAGUGUAUCAUGUGAAAUAGAGAAUAAUGACCCGUACAUCAAUUCCAUGUGAGUGAUUUGAGCUUUUUCCUUC